CAAUUGACAUUUAAAAUCUAAAGACUUGUUUGUUGUUUUUAGCUACCCUUGAUCCGUAGGUUUUAGCUUGGUGAUCUUCUGAUUUCUGAAUUCUUUUAUUGGGUACUUUCAACAUAGCUUUCUAUGAAAUUAUUAGGGAAAGUUGAAAUCUGAUAAAAUGUCAAAGGUACUACUUGUACGACAUCUUCCUAUCAACUUAUCGUUCCAAGAUAAAGAACAUCUUUUAAAACACUUUGGCGCUGAAAAAGUAUGGGAAACUGUUCAAAAACGAAACUAUAUAUUUGCUUCUUUUUCAAGUGCUGAAAAGGCAGAAUCUGUAUUGCGUAGAUUGCAUCAGCUCGAAGUAGCACAGAGACGUUUAGUUGUUGAAUAUUCAUUUGAGAAAGAACCAUUUGUAGACAAACGGAAAAACAAGGAAGAUUCACAGGCUACAAUAAAAAUUAAAGAAUUUUUACGUAUAUUAAAUGCCUGGAAUCCAUCAGUAAAUUUCUAUCAACCACCACCUCCACAUCUCAAUUACAAAUACCCAGCUAUAGACCCAAAUAUAGCUGUCAAUAUUAUAUUUGCAUUGUUUAAACAUGCACCUCUUUAUAAUCAAGUACUACACUUGAUGAACAAAAUGUCCCUGGAUGUCCCUUUUUCUAAUAACCCAGAAUCUGUUAGAUUUUUUAAAGAAACCUUCAGACUUUUCUUCCUAGAUGAAAUAUUUGUACCCCCUCCGCACUUACGUAGUGAGUCAGAAUCAGAAAUUGAAUCUGGUGAAGAAAAUGAUUAUCCUAAACCAAAUACGCCAGCACAAAAGCCUUUAACGAAAAGACAACAUAUUCUACCAAUUACAAGAAAAAGACCUGCAACCAUUCUGUCCACAGCUAGUAUGUCCAAGCCAAAAAAAGCCCUCAUCAAUCAGAAAGAGGUAUUUGAUGUUGUCACACCAGCCACUGAAUCAAAGAAGAUAAUUUCUCUAGUUGUUCAUCAGGAUGCUUUACAAAAGCCAGUUGAAGAACCAAAAGUUGUUGGUGCACUUGGGAAAUUCGAAAAAGUUGAAAAACCUCCUGAGAAUAUUCCAGAGGCUGUAAUAGAAGAACCACCAACAAUUACUAGAAAAGAACUACUUAAAAACAGAUUAAGCUAUAGUGAUAUGAAACUCCUACCUGUGUUUAAGAAUUACCACCCUGGGGAACCAUCAAUGAGAUUAUAUAUUAAGAAUUUGGCCAAAACAACAACUGAACAGGAUGUUAAAAGAAUUUACAAAGGAUAUACAGAAAAUUUAUCAGAAGAAGAGCAAAACGGUUUUGAUGUAAGAGUAAUGCAAGAAGGCAGAAUGAAAGGACAAGCAUUUGUUACAUUUCCAUCUAUAAAACUCGCAGAAACUGCUUUGAAUGAAACUAACGGCUAUCUUUUAAAUGAUAAACCAAUGGUUGUGCAAUUCGCUAGAGCAGCUAAUAAAAAGACUAUUGAUUAG